GUUGUAUCUCAUUGGUAGCAGCGCCUCCUCCAUUUCACGACCACCAUCAAGCUUCACCAAUGGGGAUCGAUUUAGUAGCAGGAGGCAAGAGCAAGAAGACCAAAAGGACUGCUCCCAAGUCCGAUGAUAUUUACCUCAAGCUUCUCGUCAAGCUUUACCGUUUCCUUGUGAGAAGAACUGGGAGCAAAUUCAAUGUUGUUAUAUUGAAAGGCUUGUUUAUGAGCAAAGUUAACAAGCCUCCACUAUCUCUCUCUAGGCUUGUUCAGUUCAUGAAAAGAAAGGAUGAUAAGAAUGUUGUCGUAGUGGGAACAGUGGCAGAUGAUACUAGGGUUUAUGAGGUUCCAACUUUGAAGGUUACUGCUCUUAGGUUUACUGAGACUGCGAGAGCUAGGAUUGAAAAGGCUGGUGGAGAAUGCUUAACUUUUAAUCAGCUUGCUUUGAGGGCUCCUUUGGGUCAGAACACAGUUCUUCUCAGAGGUCCGAAGAAUGGCCGUGAAGCACUUAAACACUUUGGUCCAGCUCCUGGUGUGCCUCACAGCCACACUAAGCCCUACGUGCGCUCAAAGGGACGGAAGUUUGAGAGGGCCAGAGAACGAAGGAAAAUCAAGGGAUUUAGGGUUUAGGAUGACGUUAGUGUUUGUUUUGAGGAUGGUCUUCCAUUUAUUACA